GGUCGCCACGGUCGACCCCUCCGCGGACUCGCAGGCCGGGCGCGGACGAGCCGGGCGCCGCCGAGCUGGUGGCGAGGGCGCCAUGAGUCAGAGGCAGGUGCUGCAAGUGUUCGAGCAGUACCAGAAAGCCCGGACCCAAUUCGUGCAGAUGGUGGCGGAGCUGGCGACCAGACCGCAGAACAUCGAGACGCUGCAAAACGCGGGUGUAAUGUCUUUGCUGAGGCCUCUUCUUCUGGAUGUGGUCCCAACAAUUCAACAGACUGCUGCUUUGGCUCUGGGGAGACUGGCUAAUUAUAAUGAUGACCUAGCAGAAGCAGUCGUGAAGGGCAACAUUCUUCCACAGCUUGUUUAUUCACUGGCAGAACAGAAUCGUUUUUACAAGAAAGCCGCUGCCUUUGUGUUACGAGCAGUUGGUAAACAUUCUCCCCAGCUAGCUCAGGCGAUAGUGGAUUGUGGAGCACUGGAUACGCUGGUGAUAUGCUUGGAAGAUUUUGACCCUGGAGUCAAAGAGGCUGCAGCCUGGGCACUUGGCUAUAUUGCAAGACAUAAUGCAGAGCUGUCACAAGCUGUGGUGGACGCGGGAGCCAUUCCUCUUUUAGUGCUCUGUAUCCAAGAGCCAGAAAUUGCUUUGAAAAGGAUUGCUGCUUCGGCCCUCAGUGAUAUUGCAAAGCAUUCUCCAGAGUUAGCACAGACAGUGGUGGACGCAGGAGCAAUUGCUCACUUAGCCCAGAUGAUCCUGAAUCCUGAUGCUAAGUUGAAGCGUCAGGUCCUUUCAGCUCUCAGUCAGAUUGCGAAACAUUCUGUGGAUCUAGCAGAAAUGGUGGUUGAAGCAGAGAUUUUUCCAGCUGUACUUACCUGUCUGAAGGACAAAGAUGAAUACGUGAAGAAAAAUGCUUCCACUUUAAUUAGAGAGAUUGCAAAACAUACACCUGAGCUUUCUCAGCUGAUAGUGAACACGGGGGGAGUUGCUGCCAUGAUCGAUUGCAUUGGGUCCUGCAAAGGAAACAUAAGGCUGCCGGGCAUCAUGAUGCUUGGCUACGUGGCAGCUCAUUCUGAGAACCUGGCAAUGGCGGUCAUCAUUUCCAAGGGUGUGCCCCAGCUGUCAGUCUGCUUGUCAGAAGAGCCAGAAGAUCAUAUUAAGGCUGCUGCUGCCUGGGCCUUGGGACAGAUUGGGAGGCACACUCCAGAGCACGCACGGGCUGUCGCGGUCACAAACACUUUGCCUGUCCUGCUUUCUUUGUACAUGUCGACCGAAAGUUCUGAGGAUCUUCAAGUGAAAAGUAAAAAAGCCAUAAAGAAUAUCCUACAAAAAUGCACCCAUUUACCAGCUCUCGAGCCACUUCUUCAUGAUGCUCCUCCCAAUAUUCUGAAGUAUGUGGUUGGACAGUUCAGUAAGAUAUUAUUCCCCUGGAUAUUCAGAUAUACUUCUGCAGAGAGUGGACAGCUAUCAACCACUUACUAACUGAGCAAAGUUACAUUUUUAUACUCGAAUUCACAGCAGAGUAUUUAUGAAUGACAGUUGUUAAAGCUCUUUCUAAAUAUUUGAACUAAAUACAUUCUAGCUUUAUUCACUGUGAAAAACCUUUGGAUAUUUUCUAAAUUUAUGGAAUACUUUAAAAAUUAGUGGCUUGAAUGUAUGAGGAACUAUUCAUGUUCAUUUGCAUAGGAUAUGCUCUAAAGGUAAAUUUUUAAAAGACAUUAAAGGAUCUAAGGCAUUAGUUAUUGUUCCAUUAAAGACCACACGCACACACACACACACCCUUCCAACUAGAUACAGAUGAAAGAUGGUGUUCAAAAACUCUUAAUUAUUUUGCCAAUUCCUCACAGGCACAGGCAAGGAAGGCUGGCCUUGCAAAUUCCACAGUAGGAUAUCCAAGGGAAGUACUAGCUGAAAGAGGACACUGAUGACAAAGUACAGGGCAUUUGAAAGACAUACUGAUGCUGGUUACACAAAUGUGUUAGCCAAACACAUGGAAUCUAUCGAUAACCUGGCAGGUUUUCCUAAAAUUUAGGAAGUCUCCUCUUCAUCCUAAGCUUCCUAAGCCUUUUCUUACCCUACCUAAACUGUUCCUUACCUUUCCUGGGGCUGGACAGGGUAGAAGUCAAUAUUAAGCACUAUGCUAUUGCAGGCAUGCUUUCCAUUUUCAUUGAAAGGUUUCUUCUUAGUCUAGCCCUGCUCAUGAAUAAACAAGGAAGCAAGCAAAUAAAAUGGGUCCUCAGUGAUCCCUUGUCCUAGCUUCACAUUCCCAGGUUUCAAAAGUCAGAUUUUCAGGGAUUUAAGGAAAAAUUUGAAAAGAAUGCUGUCCGACUCAGACUUUACAUUUUCACAAACAGAGCUGAGAGGAGGGUAAGAGGGAGUUGUGAUAAAAUUUUAAAUAAAAACAGCAUUAGAACUGUCCUUUUCAUUUUUCCGUUGUAGUGUUUCUGACCUUGGGGAAUAUGUGAUUAGACUCAGGAGUCUUGGUUAGUUGGCAGCUGUGUCUUUUUUUUAAUCUAAAGGACAUUCCUUACAAUGAUCUCCCCUGGAGGCCUGGAGAGGAAAUAAAUGGUAACCAGAGAGCCCCUUGGACACAGUGUUUCCAGUCUGGUUGGCCUUCAGGUUUCCUUCUCAGACUCUUUUUUUUUCCCCUCUCAAAAGAAACCUACCCAUUUAUUUUUGGUAUUUUCUGGAUUCAUCUCUGUCAUCAUUUCCUAACAGUACAUAGCUUUGUUGUAUAUUUUUAAAUUUCAUCAUACCCAAGAUUACCCCAUUUCUUUUUGCCUUGUAUCAGUCUAGAAUUGCCUGCAGUUUGACUUUUUAAUACUUUUUGAAAAGGGCCUAUUUUGUUUCCUUGCAGUAAUCUCUUAGAUCCAUUGCAUAAGAAAAUGUAAUCUUUAUCCUCAGUUUUGUAGCUUCCCUUUCUCUCCUUCCUGCCUGCCCAGCUUCUCUUAUGAACCUUUUAACAAACUGAGAAAAUAAAGGUGGUUUCCAUCUUUCUUCAUUAAUAAUGACAGAAAUUAGUCCAUCUACUAUAAGACCUCCUCAAAUGUUAUGGGAAUGGUGAAUUUCCUAUUAUGUAUUUCUUGCUAUUGUAUGUUGUAUUUGAAAUUUUUCACUUCUUAAAUCAUUUCAUACUUAUCAAAUAGUUUUAAGCUAAGAAAAAUAAAAAUGUUUAGUGGAAU